GUCCCAGUUAUGAGGAAGACUCUCACGUACGAAGCUCCAGGGAGCCGAGUGGAGUCUGAUCUGCCUGCAGGUCGAGUUCUGAGCUCGCAGACGUUCACCGCAGAGACGUCUAACACCAGCACCACGACACACAUCACCAAGACAGUAAAAGGAGGAAUUUCUGAAACAAGAAUCGAGAAACGGAUCGUCAUCUCUGGAGACACAGAAAUCGACCACGACGAGGCUCUGGCGGCGGCGCUAAGCGAAGCACGGCGGCAGCAUCCUGAGCUGUCCGUCACACGAGUCGUCGUCCAUAAAGAAACCGAAGUGUCUCCUGAUCAUGUGAUUGAUUAAUGACAUCACAGGACUGAUUCCUGAGGCCUCUGCUGCAUUAUGGGAGAUGUAGUCCAGAAGCACUGUUUGCAGCAGCAACACACACACACACACACACACACUCAGCCUUACUGGUGGCUGAGUUAGCGUCAGUUAGCAUAAGCAUUAGCUAGUAUGGUUAGAUUUAGUUGAUAAUUUCACAGUUAUGAUAAAACAGAGCCCAUGAGAGGCACAAGGGGGCGCUGCUGUGUUGCCAUCAGCACAUUCCUAUGGCAACCAGACAACCUGCUCCAUUUACUUCUAAUUAGCCCCGCCCACACACACCUCUGACAGGUUAAAGCAGACCCCUGAUGGGAAUGUUUGCUCCUGAUUGGACGAUGGAAGAUCAGCAGGCUGUUACAUGUCUCACCUGCAAGGAACUUGAUCUUUUAUUCUGACAGUCUGAUGCCAACUGUUUCCUGUCUGAAAUGUAACAUAGCAUGAAAGCUAGCUUUAUAACCGCUCACUGUUUUGCAACUAAAUUCAGUACUGUAUUUACCCAAAAUGCAACAGCAAUAUGCCAUUAUGACACCCCUGUUCCGAAUGAUUUCUGUCAUGUUUAUUUAUUAUGUUAUUUAUUGGUAUUUCACACUCACCACUCCCCCUGGUGUCACGUUACAGACUAACCACUCCCCCUGGUGUCAUGUUACAGACUAACCACUCCCCCUGGUGUCACG